AUGCUCCUCCCCCUGGCGCAGGCGGACGAAAUCGGGCAGUCGCCGGCCGUGCCCGCCACCGACAGUGACAAGGUGGACCUGGAGGCGUUCAGCGAGUUCACCAAGAUCAUCACCCCCGCCAUCACCCGCGUGGUGGACUUUGCCAAAAAACUGCCCAUGUUCUCAGAGCUGCCCUGCGAGGACCAGAUCAUCCUGCUGAAGGGCUGCUGCAUGGAGAUCAUGUCGCUGCGCGCCGCCGUGCGCUACGACCCCGAGAGCGAGACGCUGACGCUCAGCGGCGAGAUGGCGGUGAAGCGCGAGCAGCUGAAGAACGGCGGGCUGGGCGUGGUGUCGGACGCCAUCUUCGACCUGGGCAAGAGCCUGGCGCAGUUCAACCUGGACGACACGGAGGUGGCGCUGCUGCAGGCCGUGCUGCUCAUGAGCUCAGACCGCUCGGCGUUGACCUCCGUGGACAAGAUCGAGAAGUGCCAGGAGACGUACCUGCUGGCCUUCGAGCACUACAUCAACUACCGCAAGCACAGCAUCCCCCACUUCUGGCCCAAGCUGCUGAUGAAGGUGACGGACCUGCGCAUGAUCGGCGCGUGCCACGCCAGCCGCUUCCUCCACAUGAAGGUGGAGUGCCCCAACGAGCUCUUCCCCCCGCUCUUCCUGGAGGUCUUCGAGGACCAGGAGGUGUGA